UUGAGAAAGGGUCAGCGUUUUGUCUGUGAUGAACACUACACGUCACGUUACCCAGAAUGCCCUGUGGGAAAGGAAACUCCCAUUUUGUUUACCUGGAGGAAACCUGAGACAGCAACUCGCCUUAGGGAGGGACGAGGAAGCCAAAUUCUAGAGAACCGGAAAAAACAGAAAUAAAUGAUUCUCGUCUGGGGACUCGAGUGCUUCUUCUUACAUGGAAAUAGUUCUGGUGUGAAAUACUACACUCCUCGCUUAGGUUAAAAGGAGAGAGAGAGGGAGAACUAUCUGACAAAAGGGAGGAGCUUCAGGAAUUUACCAUGUCUGGGAUCUGUUCAGAUGGUAAACAGAGGGUCACAUGGGGCAAUAGCCUUGGAGCAAUGUGAAAAAAAAGGGAGGGAAAAGAAAAAAAACAAGGAAAGGGAAGAGUGUCGGAAUACACUGAGGAACUUUGGCCUGCCCCAUGUGCAGGAGGCGGUCCUUUCACCCUGAGUUGAGAGGAAACCACAAAGACUGAGGAAACAAAGACUGGAGUAAGUGCCAUGCUGUGGUUGGAUUUUAAAAGACAUUUUAGGCUUCCUUAACUUCCUAAAACAUCUCCAGCAGGGGAGAAAGUUCAGCAGAGGCCACAUUGUCGGUACUCCAUACCCAGUACUUCCUUUUAGCCGUUUUGGGGAGCAAAGAUGCCCACAAACUUCACUGUUGUGCCUGUGGAGGAUGACAGCGGCAACAAUGGAGCUUCUGCUGCUGCUGCUGCUGCUGCUGCUGAGGAGAGUAGACCUGCCAGUUUGGGCAACAUCUUUCAGGAAGCAAGAGAUGCGGACCACAUUCAGGAACUUCAUCCAGGUGAUGACAGUCAGAGAGAGACCACUCCAUUUCUCCACUCAGACGAUGACGGACAAUUCUCAUAUGAUGGCAAGAACAUGGCUCUGUUUGAGGAGGAAAUGGACAGCACUCCUAUGGUUUCAUCUCUUCUCAACAAGCUGGCCAACUACACCAACUUGACACAAGGCGUCCGUGAGCACGAGGAGGCCGAGGACGGAAACCGAAGGGCCCCUGUUGCGAUCCCCCAAAUGGGAACGUUCAUCGGCGUUUACCUGCCCUGCCUGCAGAACAUCCUGGGAGUGAUCCUCUUCCUGCGCCUCACUUGGAUUGUCGGGACAGCAGGAAUUUUGGGGUCUUUUGCCAUUGUCUCCAUGUGUUGCAUUUGUACUUUACUCACUGCAAUUUCGAUGAGCGCCAUAGCAACCAACGGAGUUGUACCAGCUGGAGGCUCAUACUACAUGAUCUCCAGAUCUUUGGGCCCAGAAUUUGGAGGAGCAGUUGGUCUCUGUUUCUACCUAGGAACCACUUUUGCUGGAUCCCUGUACAUCCUGGGUACCAUAGAAAUUCUGCUGAUCUACAUCGUUCCUACAGCUACAGUGUUCAAAGAUGACAGUGAAGACGCCAAGCACAACAACAUGCGUGUCUACGGCACAUGCUGUCUUCUCCUGAUGGCACUAGUUGUGUUUGUGGGAGUAAAGUAUGUGAACAAGCUGGCUCUUGUGUUUCUAUCCUGUGUGAUUCUAUCCAUCAUGGCCACCUACGCAGGAGCUAUAAAGACUCUAAUUGAACCACCAGAGUUUAGUGUCUGUCUGUUGGGGAACCGCUCUCUGAGGAAUGAAAUGUUUGAAAAGUGUGCAAAGAUGGAAAUCAUAAAGAACAGAACUAUCCACACCAAGCUCUGGGACAUCUUCUGCGACAGCCAGUAUCCCAACGCCACCUGUGACGAAUACUUCUCCUUGAACAAUUUAACAGAAAUACAAGCCAUACCUGGGCUGCUGAGUGGGGUCAUAAAAGAAAACCUAUGGAGCAAUUAUGGUCCAGCUAGAGUGGUAAUAGAGAAGCAAAACCAGCCCUCAGUACCAGCUCCAACCCUAUCAACCGACAGAGAUCAAAACUAUGUCUUCAGUGACAUUGCUACGUUCUUCACAUUACUGGUGGGGAUUUACUUUCCAUCUGUAACAGGUAUAAUGGCUGGUUCAAACAGAUCAGGUGAUCUCAGAGACGCUCAGAGGUCCAUCCCGGUGGGAACCAUCCUGGCUAUUCUCACCACCUCUUUUGUCUAUAUCUCCUUUGUGGUCUUGUUUGGAGCUUGUAUUGAAGGAGUGGUCCUGAGAGACAAGUUUGGAGAGUCGAUAAAGAGGACGCCUGUAAUAGGUGUUCUGGCAUGGCCCUCACCCUGGGUGAUUGUGAUCGGCUCAUUUUUCUCUUGCUGUGGCGCAGGCCUGCAGAGCCUCACCGGCGCCCCCCGGCUCUUGCAGGCUAUCGCUCGUGAUGGGAUCAUCCCAUUCUUACAGGUCUUCGGCCAUGGGAAGGCCAAUGGCGAGCCCACUUGGGCCCUUCUGCUGACGGUUGGAAUCUGUGAGAUAGGAAUCCUCAUCGCUUCUGUGGAUAAUGUAGCACCCAUUCUUUCUAUGUUUUUCCUCAUGUGCUAUCUGUUUGUCAACUUGGCCUGUGCUGUUCAGACCCUCCUGUGUACCCCAAACUGGAGACCUCGUUUUAAGUUCUAUCACUGGACUCUGUCCUUCCUGGGGAUGAGUCUCAGCCUUUCCCUAAUGUUCAUCUGCUCCUGGUACUACGCUCUGGUUGCCGUGGUGAUAGCAGGAUGCAUCUAUAAAUAUAUUGAAUACAGAGGGGCGGUGAAGGAAUGGGGCGAUGGGAUCCGAGGCUUGUCCUUAAAUGCAGCGCGGUACGCUCUGGUCCACCUGGAGGAAGCUCCACUGCACACCAAAAACUGGAGGCCACAGCUGCUGGUUUUGUGUAAGCUGGACUCAGACCUGGCUGUGAAGCAUCCUCGUCUGCUGUCUUUUACGUCGCAGCUCAAAGCAGGGAAGGGGCUAACCAUCGUCUGCUCGGUCCUCGAGGGCACGUACAUGACCCACAAGGAGGAUGUCAAGACCGGGGAGCAGAACCUGAAAACAGCCAUGGCAGCAGAGAAGAUGAAAGGUUUCUCCCACGUGGUGGUGUCAUCCAGCCUGCGAGAUGGUUUCUCCAUCAUGAUCCAGUCUGCAGGGCUGGGAGGAAUGAAGCACAAUGCCGUCCUCAUGGCUUGGCCAGCAGGCUGGAAACAAGCCCAGGACUCUUCUGCAAGGAAGAACUUUAUAGAGACAGUCAGAGAGACGACGUCGGCGCAUCAGGCUCUGCUGGUUGCAAAAAACAUUGACCGUUUCCCCGACAACCAGGAGCGUCUAAAGGAAGGAAACAUCGACGUGUGGUGGAUCGUACACGACGGCGGACUGCUCAUGUUGCUGCCUUUCUUGCUCAUGCAGCAUAAGGUGUGGAGGAAGUGCCGGAUGCGCAUCUUCACUGUGGCCCAGAUGGAUGACAACUCCAUCCAGAUGAAGAAGGACCUGGAGACAUUCCUCUACCAUCUGCGGCUGGAUGCAGUGGUGGAGGUGGUGGAAAUGCAUGACAGCGAUAUCUCAGCUUUCACCUACGAGAAGACGCUGAUGAUGGAGCAGAGAUCCCAAAUGCUCAAACAGAUGCAGCUGUCCCGCACAGAGAGGGAGAGAGAGAUUCAGAGCAUCACUGAUGUGUCCCGCGGUUCCAUAAAGAGGAAGAAGUGGUCCGGUGUUGCUGGCGGCUCUCCCUUUAAGACCCAGAGCAUUCCAGAGGAUGAGGCCCAACUGAUUCAUGACAGAAACACGGCCUCUCAUUCUGCCACAAACGACAAAGCUGCUGGUUCAGCACCUGAUCGGGUCCACAUGACGUGGACCAAAGACAAGCUGCUAAAUGAGAGGAACAAACAGAGGGAAGGCAUGGCCGUGAAAGACAUGUUUAACAUGAAACCGGAGUGGGAAAAUCUGAGUCAGUCCAAUGUGCGGAGGAUGCACACGGCUGUGAAGCUGAAUGAAGUUGUGGUCAAGAAGUCCCACAAUUCAGAGCUGGUCUUGCUCAACAUGCCAGGCCCACCCAAGAACAAAAAAGGAGAUGAAAACUAUAUGGAGUUCCUGGAAGUUCUAACGGAAGGACUAGAACGUGUCCUGCUGGUUCGUGGAGGAGGUCGAGAGGUCAUUACCAUCUACUCUUAGCACUAAGAAACUUUUUUUAAUUAUUAUUUUGAUUUAAAACUGGAAGAACAAUACCGAAAGACAGAGGACGCAGUUUCUCAUUGCCAAUGAAAGAACAGACUGAUAGAAGAAAAUGUGCCACUUAAUAUUUCGAAGUAACAUGAUUCUUCAAGAAGAGAAGACUGAGCUCACACACCCUGAUUUCAGCGUUCCGUCAUCAGAAGCAGACGGCUGGUGGUUGAAGAGCCAACGAUUGCGUUUAUUUCCUUGUUUUACAAAAAAUGUUUCAGUGUUUGUCACUGGAGUAUGCUUUUUCAUUUGCUCCCUUGUUGAAAAUGUAUUUUUGUGUAAAAGCUGCCAUGGAAAUAGUUCAUUUCACUGCCAACUGCAGACAAAGUGAAAAGGAAACUUUUAUAUUAUAAUGCUGCAAGUAUCAUUUGAUCUGCAUGCUGUAAAAAAGCAAAAGUGCAAUUUAAUGAUAGCGUGACUUACCCUUUGUGCAUAGAUGGUGUCUUUUAUUGUAUAUUUGGAAGUUGUCAUCAUUUUGUGUGAAGCCCAUUGUGACAACUGUGUUGUGAUAUUGUGCCAUAUAAAUACAAUUUAAUUGA